UGAACAGACACCAUUCACUGAUAUUUUAUAUUGAUAUAUUGAAGACCUUUGAUCAAAAACUCUGUUCCACAGAAUGCUGAGAAGAAGCUUCAGGUUUGAUAUAGGCUCAUCAGGUCACAGCAGAAGAUUUGUUUGUAAGUUUGAUGAAUUUCACUGGUUUGGAGCACAUGUCCACAAGUUAUUAAUAAUAUUUUAUUCUUGAAAUCCUAACUUACCAGAAACUGUAAAGAUGCACAAAGUGGACUUGCUUUUAGACAAGUCCACAGAAAAGGCCGUGGAGRCACGAAGGUCUGCAGAAGCAGCUCGCAAGGCCCGAAUCUUCAACACCCGACUGCGUGUGAUGGGCCUGGACACUGACGCCCUCAACCGGCAAAGCCAAGACAAGAAGCGACAGCAGAACAUGGAGAAACAAAGAGACAAAGCUUUUGAUAUGCUGAGAAAGUACCAAGAUGAAUCACAUGUGCAGCAAGACAUUAAUGUGAAAGAGAAAAGAAAACGUGAGCAUCAGGACCUGACCAAGUACUGGGCCACUCAGCAGCGUGUGGAGGACUCUCGUGAUGCUGAUCUGAAGUGUGGCCUGAAGGGGGCAUUCCAGAUUACUAUUCCAGAAGGUGAACUUGGGCCCGCCAGCAUGCAAAUCUUCCAGGGAGAAGGUGUUGGGCUGGAUCAAACGAGGAGAGAACAAAUGAGAAGGACAGAAAAAGAUCUGCGAGCGCAGAUGGAAAAGGAUAAAAGAAGGCACAUGGGGGACAAGCAUAGAGAGAUGUUAGCGGACAGGGAACUGGUGCAUCAAGACCUAACUCAGGUUCAGCAGGCCGCACUCGAGGAGGCGGGAAAGAAAGCUGAACGCGUCGCUCUCAACAACUACAAUCAAGCUCUGGCAGCCGAGAGAGCGGAAAGCCUCGAGGAACAACGCAAAGCGGAGGAGAGGGAGAAUCUGGCAGAGCUGUGGCAUACAGUGACAUCUGACAUGUUGACUGAGAACACAGAGGCAGCGAAGAGAGAUGUGGGAGGAGGGAACCCACCUCAGAUUCAGUCUGACAGGUGGAAGGGGAUGAGCCCGGAGCAGCUGAGCGCCAUCCACCGCGAGAGGGAACAACAGCGCCRUGACAGACAGAGACAACUUAAUGCUGAAAAGAUUAGCAAUGCAGCUCGGGACUUUCAGCUCCUGAAGAUGUCCAGAGAAGCAGAGGAGGAUGAGAGAAGAGCAGCAGAGCUGAGGAGACAGCAGAGGAUCGAGCUGGACCGGGUCAAUAUGCAGCUGGCCAGAGAGCAGCAAGCACAUCAGGAAUAUCUGAAUAAGAAGCUGUACACCAACAAACCCACCAAGGACUACUUUAAUCAAUUCAACACCAGCUCCCGCUGACCACCAGCUUGUUCCCUGGCAACAAUGUGCAAAUAUCACUGAAUGAUUCUAUAUUCAUGAUUAAUAUGAAUGAAUUAUUAACCAACUGCUUUGGAUUUUUGUGAUUUUUUUAUGAUCUUAAAGAACAAAAACGAGACAAUUUUAGUUUCAUAUUUUUCAGUGUUUGAUUUUUUUUAUUAUUUUUCAGUCAUAGAUCCAGUUACAGUGUUAGAAUCAUUAAGCAGUUAGUAAAUCUUUGCCUCAUCUGCGGCGCUUCUGCACUCGUCUCUUGUCAAAACACCCCGUGUACAUAAAGGCAUCAUCACUGUGCUAACCAACACACCACAACUAGGCACAUCUCCCCCCGCUGUCAGUGGCACACACACGUCUUACCCCUUCAUGUUUCAUCACUUUUCUUUCAUCACUUGACAAACAAAGCUUCUUUUGAAACAUAUCAAUUUGUGUUCAAAUAAAUUCUUUUCUUUCCAUUUUAAUUAUAAAAACAGAGGGGGAAACAUUAGCAACAGUGGAAAAGCAAAGGCCAGCAUUCACUUUGGAAUUCCAUCAAAAUACGAAAAAAAAAAAA